AUGCUGGAUGAAGUGCAUGGAAAUCCACCGCAGCCAUCUACAGACCACAACGUCUAUCAUCUUGGCAGUAUUUCUGGACAUAAUAUUGUUAUUACGGGUAUAACGCAGGCUAGAAAUGUUAUAGCUGCAACUGUUAUAACACAGAUGCAAAUAACUUUUCCCAAUAUCCAUUUUGGCCUAUUAGUUGGCAUUAGAGGUGGUGUCCCAAUUAUAAUCAAAGAAGGAAUAAUUCAACUAGAACAUAUAAUGAUUAGCAAACCAAUAGGGCUUUACUCCAAUACCAUUCAGUACGACCAUAGAAAAGCUAAGACUAAUAAAUUUAUAAGAAUUGGUGCUCUGAUCCCUCCACCUCCAGUUCUUCUCCAAGCUACGCAAGCACUCAAUGUCCAGUGUGUGCGCUCAGACAACAAUCCAUUAUUAAAAAAUAUUCAGCACAUCAACACCACUAAAAAAGGCCUACACCACUUUCAAUUCCCAGGUUUUAAAAGAGACUAUCUUUUUCCGGCCAAGUAUACCCUAUACCCAUGUUCGACCAGGGGAGUCAUAUAA